CCCAUGCAAGCCUCUUCGUCGAUUGGAAAUGGAAACCACCCACGGCUAGGAGCUAUGUACGCUGCGUACAACGAGGAACAAGAAGUACAGAAGACUAGGAUAAAUAAUAGACACGUAGGGGUUGGGUUGGGCCAGUUUGAAAUCCCGCCUGGAUCGGUUCUUCAGCGUGGGAAACGCAGGUUAUUUUGCCCCCGUCCGCUAGUUACGAUUCUUCGCCAACCACCCUCAACCCAACCAGAUUCCCAGCACACCGGAUUCCCAGCGGAACGGUCCAACCUACGCAGCUGGACCCGACAGUCAGGUUCGUAUGGCGGCUGGUGUGAACUAUUCUUGCAUCAUGGCAAAUGUUCCGUCCCAGCAGUCAGGGUCAACUAUAACAUGCGCAACAAUAACUGUGCUAAAGGGACCGGCCUCAAGAAACAGGCGGUAUGUCGUGCCUACGAGGCUACGAGAGAACAACAGAUCAACGUGUACUUUCACAGACCAAUGUGGGGGGGGAGAAUCGCUGUUUGCUCCAAAUGGCAACUAGCUACGGAGUAA